AUCCUUGUAGACCCUGUUUCGUCUGGCCUUCCUCAGUUUAGGGUUUAAGUGGCUAAUAAACCUUUUCUACUGUGCACCUGUUCAAGAUCGUCGUUGUUACUUAAAGUUCAAACUCUUUCUCAAUUUCAUUCUCAUAUUUUAGAUUUCAAAGGAAUUGCGUUAUAUUAGCCCUCUCCGUUUCUCCAUUUCGGAUCUAAUGGCUGCAGGCAAUACCCCCUCUGCGUUUGAGAGAGAACAGAUUAUUGGGAUGAUGGAGAAGGAGAUGGAGUAUAGGGUGGAGAUGUUUAACAAGCUCACGCACACAUGUUUCAACAAAUGCAUCGAGAACAAGUACAAGGAUUCUGAGUUAAACAUGGGAGAAAACAGUUGCAUUGACCGCUGUGUUUCAAAAUAUUGGCAGGUGACUAACUUAGUUGGCCAACUGCUAGGCAACAAUCGACCUCCUAUGUAGAGGAACUUGCUUUAUUGAGCCAAGAAGAGUAUACAUCGAUUAUGUUGUAUUGGGCCAACUUAGUUCCAGCAAAUAAAAAUUGAAGCUGACAGGUAUUAUUUGGCAUACUUGUAAGUCAAGUUGGAUGAUCUUUUUUAGAUUUAGAACGAGUUGUUGUUCCAUGGAGUCUUUCGAUGCAGCAAAGACAUCACGUGAGAAAGAUCAACAUUUUUCUGCUGAUAAUUACUUUUUUUUUUGUUUUUUUUUACGGAAAUUGUCAUCCCAAGUAUUUGAGAAGAGUUUGGUACUA